CUGGAGAUGAAGCAUCUGCCUGGUGCUGACCCUGAGCUUGUGCUCCUCAGCCACCAAUACGAGGAGCUGGAGAGAAUCCCCCUAAGCGACAUGACCCAGGAGGAGAUCAAUCAGCUGGUGCAGGAGCUGGGCUUCUACCGCAAGGAGACGCCUGACGCCCCUGUGCCCGAGGAGUUCCACUUUGCGCCUGCCAGGCCUCUGCCUGCACUGCCACCUCCCCAAACUCCCACCGCUGAUGGCAAGACCCCACCCAAACACAACGAGGGAGAACACCCAGAACUCUAG